UGCGUGUGCGUAUUUUACCCCCGAACAAGUCGAACGAUGGAAUCGCCCAACUCGACGGUUACCACGAACCAGAACUCGCUGACCAACAACGUGGUGACGGUGCCCAUCCCGAUCCUCCCAACCGAAGGCACGUACGCGUACGUCUUUGUGAAGGGCUCCCUGUACGCCCGGGACAGUGCCAUUUUCGGCUGCUCCACGGAUGAGACCCAAGCCCUGUCCAAGCGGUUCCAGAUUAGCUCGAUCCCGGUCGACAACGGAGUGGUCAUCAAGGUGGCCCCUUCGUUGAUCAUCAACUCGCUCGCGCAGUUGGGAUACAAGGUCAUUUCGAGCACCGGCGAAACCGAGGUCGUGUGGACGCUGCAGCGUGAGCUGUAAACCGGACAAUCACGCUUUUCUCUGGCCA